AUGGCAUUUCAAAUUGAAAAAAAAGAGAGAUUACAAACUCAUGUUGGGAUUCAUGAUAGUGCUCAUAAUCAAGCUUGGAGAAAAUGUGAAGCACUAAUGAAGCCAAUAAAACACAUUAGUACUGCUAUUGAAAAACAAUCUGAGCAGGCUAAAAAGAAUUAUCAAAUUCACUUGACAGCCACAAUUGAUUGUUUUAGAUUUCUUUUACGACAAGGAUUGCCCUUUCGUGGUAAUGAUGAGACAGAUAAUUCUGUUUAUCAAGGAAAUUUUUUGGAACUUCUAAACUUUCUUGCACAACAUAAUGAAGAGAUUGAUCGUGCCUUUAAAAAUGCUCGUGGGAAUCUUAAACUAAGAGCUCCCUCAAUUCAAAAAGAUAUUGUAAGAGCGGCUGCAAGUGAAACGACAAAAGCUAUUGUAAAUGAUCUUGGGGAUGAAUUGUUUGCUGUUUUGGUUGAUGAAACUAUCGAUAUUUCUAUUAAGGAGCAAAUGUCAGUUUGUUUAAGGUAUAUGAAUAAAGAAGGGCAAGUUAGGAAGCAUUUUCUUGGUCUUGUUCAUGUUUCUAAUACUAAUGCUUUAUCUCUAAAAUUAGCAUUGGAGUCAUUAUUAGAAAUAUAUAAUUUAAGUUUAUCAAGAGUACGUGGCCAAGGAUAUGAUGGUGCAAGUAAUAUGCAAAGAGAAUUUAAUAGUUUGAAAACUUUGAUAUUGAAAGAAAAUUCUUAUGCUUUCUAUGUACAUUACUUUGCCUACCAACUUCAGUUAGCUCUUGUAACGGUUGCAAAAAAACAAGUUGAAAUUGCUUUACUUUUUAAUUUGUUAACCAAUUUGUGCAAUGUUGUUGGAGCUUCGUGUAAACGAAGAGAUAUGCUUGGUGAUAGUCAAAUGACUAAGACAAUUGAAGCAUUACAAAGUGGAAAAAUUUCUAGUGGACGUGGUUUGAAUCAAGAAAUAGCUUUGAAAAGAGCUGGAGAUACUAGAUGGGGUUCACACUAUGGAACUAUACUUCGAUUAAUUUCUUUGUUUCCUUCCGUGGUCAAUGUUCUUGAAUAUAUUGAGGAAGAUGGAAAUAAUUCAGAACAAAGAGCUGAAGUUGAGAUAUUCUAUCAAGUAGUUGAAAGACAACUUCAAGAACUCAACAAUCAUUUUACAGAGGUGAAUACUGAAUUGCUUCUUCGUAUAGCUUGUCUGAAUCCAAGACACUCAUUUCUUGCAUUUGAUAAGGAGAAGUUGAUCCAUCAACUUGAGAAUUUCAUAUUAGAUGUGCGUUCUAAUGAUCAAUUCUCAAACUUGAAUGGGAUUGGUGCUCUUUCUCAGAAAUUGGUUGAGACUCGAAAAAAUAUUAUUUAUCCAUUAGUGUUUCUUCUUUUGAAGUUAGCUUUAGUUUUGCCUGUAGCAACUGCAUCAGUUGAAAGAACUUUUUCUGCUAUGAACAUCAUAAAGAGUCGGCUUCAACCGUAUGGGAGAUGA